CAGAGGUCAUCCUUUACUUUAACUUUAAGGGAUACUUCAUGAAGGGAGGCGCCGUCCUUAUAGUUUAAGUAUCGUGCAGAGUCGCUUGAAGUACAGCCCGUUCCUUUACUUUAUAAAGUGAAGGUUCGCCUCUUACUAAAUUGCGAGUGAGGCCGAUCGUGUCCGAAGUUAACCGAACUUCCGUGACGUCACGAAUACGUCAUGGUUAACAGCCAAUAGGAACUGACCCACGAUUGACUUGUUUACUUUUUUGAUAACACGUUGAUUGUAGUUGGUUUGUAUUUGUUAGAUUUAUAUUCAAAUCUACCUUGAGAAUACAUCAUGACGUCCUCUCAAAAAUCCGAGCGAUUUUCAUCUAUCGAACGAAGCAUUUUGUUAGGGCUUGUUCGUUCCUGGGCACAUGUCAUCGAAUGUAAGAAGACAGACUUCAGCAACUUGGCUGCCAAGAAAGAUGCCUGGGCGCGAAUUGAAUGCGAGUUCAAUUCCCAACCUGAUGUCAUCAAGCGCUCCAGUGCCCAGCUGAAGAAAUGCUGGGAAAAUGUCAAGACCAAGCAGAAGAAAGCCCUUGCUCUUGCCACAAGACAGCGAAUGGCAACUGGUGGAGGACCUUUUGUUAAAGAUCCUCCCACAGAUCCUGAGCUGGAAAUAGCAUUGGGCGGUGUGUUGCAUUGUGUGGAUGAUGCUGUAGACUGUGACAUGACUUUUCCUUCAGAAGCUUCAGCUUCUGUAGAAAUUGUGAUGCCACAGUCUAACAAUACUGGCUCUGGUGCACUCAGUACUGGCAGCUUACUUGUGAAUGCAUCACAAGAAGAACCUCAUAGUAUUGUUCUACCAACACCUGUUUCUGGUUUUCGUGCUAGAAAUAAACCAGCAAUUGAUGUGGAGGUGGAGCGCAGGUUUUUAAACCUUGAGCGAGCCGACAAGCGUGCACGGAGAGUUCUCGCAAUGCAACAGGCUGAGCACAGGCUUAAGUUGAGAGCAAGUAAGGCAAUGGCAGAGGCAGAAGAGCAGCGCCUUGCAAACGAGCAGGCAGAAGCGGCUCGAGCAGUGGAAGCUGAGAAACGAGCUAUUAAAUUUGAGCUCAUGGCAGAACAGCGUAGGGCUGAGCUGCACGCACAGCAAAUGCGACACGCUGACGAGCUACAUAAGCUGCGCAUCAAGAUCCUCACGGAAGCAAAUGAUGUAGUGUUUUAAAAACAAUUUUUUUUUUUUGUUUUUAAGAUACUGCAUUGUUUGCUUCGCAUUAACAUGGUAAUAGGCCUCCUGGGGAACUCGCCAUUUAAAAUAAAGAGUAACGAGUUGAGUGUUAUACCUCCAGAUGUUUACCACACGUGGUAGACAUCUAAGGUGAUUUGGAAACUGGCACAGUCAGGUAAGUAUCGUCUUGUUCCAAUUAUGCUAAAUGUGCAUGCCAAUAUUUUUUAAUGGUAAAAAAGUGUCCUUUAGCUUCUCUUACUGAUCUAUUUCAAUUAAAGUUAUCUGUGACACUACUUGCAAUGUGUGGUUGCAAAUGUCUCCUGUACACCUUAUAAAUUGGGUAUUGUUCUUAUUUAUUACAAAGUGAAAUUUUUGGUGUCUAUAUAAUUCAUUUUAUUUACCAAAUUAGGUCAAUUUGUAGCAUCAUUGCUACUAAAUAUUAAUCUGGGGUAAAUCUGGGUCAUAUUCUUUAUUCCAGAAAUGAUUUCCAAUUAUAUUCUAAGCACACUACUUAUUUUUAAUAAAGAUAAUCAAAUAUAACUAACCAUCAAUACAAAUUGUUUAUGCAUAAAUAAACUUAGUUUUUACUUUCUCUCCAAUUACGUAGCAUUUAGUGUGUAGUCAAAAUCACCCUUGCAACAAUUUACCUAAGUGAUGACUGCAUAAUAUCCAAAAACAUCCUUACAAUUGUUUUUCUACAGUAAAACAAGGUUGCUGGUAAAACAAUAAGCUAUUCACAAUAACUGGUUAUACAGUUAAGACAUAUCCUAUUAAAAUUCAUAACACAGUUUACAAGGAAUAGUAAACCUAGCCAUACAGAAAAUGUAGUACUCAUAGGUGAACUUAUGGGCAUUGAAUUAGGAUUCAUAAAUGGUUCACAAGGAGUAUGAAGCUAAAUUGGAUGACAUAAUUUAGGACUGGUUCACAAUAUGGUAAUUUUUGUAGAGAAGCAGCUUCUGGGAAAUAAGGGUAAUACCUACUUAUGUAAAAGGUUUAUAAAGUUAAGUCAGAAACAUUAAUAAUAAGUAUUUAAUAUGUAAGUAAUACUUUAAUAUGUAAUAAUAUGAGUAACCUAAUCAACCUUUCACUUAUUACUUGUCUUACUUCCCAGAAGCCACUUUUCUGUAAAUUUCAUUUAAAACAUUGUGAUGUGGCAUAUGGAAUGUUUUGAAAAAUGUUAAUUUUAAAUGCAUACUAGUGAGAACUUAUUAGACAUUAUAAAUACACAACAAAAUACUCUACUCUGGGUUAAGAACUCAUCUGAUGUGUAGAAGGAAUUAAAUUAUUAUUUUUUUUAUAAUUUAUCAUCAGCUGAAUUACUUGAUGGUACUGUAUGCAUUAAUGUCAGUAAAUAUUCUGCAUGUUCAGUUUCAUAACUAAACAAAGGCUUUAGCUCAUUCCAAUUUUAUUAAAAGUUUAAACACAAAAAACAACAAAAUACAUAAUAGUUCCAAAUUUUAUUUAAGAAUUUUACUUUCUACACAUUACUCUUUGUAAAAGUGAAUGAUUUAAAAUGAAAUUUUAAUUCCUGAAUAUAUCUUGUGAGACAAUAAGCUAAUACAGAGAAGUAUCGAAAGAUAAUCAUGUAACUUCCAUAUUCAGGUAUUAUUGUGUAAAUGUAGGAAUUAACAAGACUGAUCAUGUUUUAAAGCAUCUUUGAAUGUAUAAUGCAGCAAGGUUAAAAUUCCUUGUGCUACAAACACAUUCAUUCUAGGAAUACCUUUAAGAAGCAUAGAUACACAAUAAGUAGCAAAAAUGAAACAAAAAAGGCACUACUUACCUGUCUGUGCCAGUUUCCAAAUCACCUUGGAUAUCUACCACAAGUGUUAGACCCUAGAGGUCUACCAUGGGUGGUAAACAUCCGGAGGUACAGCACUCAACUCGUUACUCUUUAUUUUACAUGGCGAGUUCCCCAGGAGGCCUAUUACCAUGUCACUACAAAGCAAACAACGCAUUAUAUUAAAAAUAACUUAAGGAAUUAUGUUUAAAACUAGCUGCCCGACCCGGCUUCGCACGGCUAUACUAAUGGAAAAAAAUUAAGCCACAGCUCCCAUUUACAGUAAUUGUAAAAAAAAUUCAGUGAAAAUUUAUUACAAUGCUGUAUAAUGUACCGGAGAGAAAAUGAAUAGCACCGAUGGUUUCCCGACUCGUGCACGCAACGUACAACUGAUGUACCCGUACUUCGCUACGGCAGUCUACAGGCAGAUCACUCUUGCGCCACUCAUUAUACAUGCCCCUCCUUGUGGGUACACCACUGCCGCGCGAUGCCCGUUGCCAUG